AUGUGCUUGAGCACAACCAACCGCAAUCAAAACGAAGAAGCCGCUCAGAAAGGCUCCUGUGUCACCAUCCUCCCUCGGCGCAGGAAAGGCUCCCCUCUUCCUCAUGCUGACCCCGUCAAGCGCCCCGUCUUCCUCACCAGCAAGGACAUCUUGGCGCUCUUCCACAUGCAGCAAAAGUCUGCCGCCGACAAGCUGGGGAUCUCGCUGACGGCUCUCAAGAUGGCGUGCAAGAAGCUGGGGCUGCCGCGCUGGCCCUACAUGAGGACGAGCCCAGCAGAGGCGGAGAAGGAGAAGGGGAAGGGGAAGGAGAAGGAGGGGAGCCAGUGGGCGACGACAUCGCUGGAGCUGGGGGAGCUGAUGGAGGAUGCGAUGAGGCACUGUUGUGAGGAAGAGGAUUGUUAA